CAGUUCCCAUGAGGCGUUGCGCAGAGUGAAGGCGGAAGUGUGUAAAUUUCGUUGUUGGAAGAAAGUUCUCAUGGUUGUUUUCAUGCCAGUGUAGCAAAAAAGUUACGUUUCAGUUGUUUCUCGACUCGUGUGAGGUUUUGUUGAAGGCGUUUGAAGAAACCGAAGGGACCAGUAACUCUGAAGAAUGGGGAGUGAACCAGGCCCAGUUCAGAUCGUCACGGUGUGUAAGGAGAAUCACUCCUUUGAGUUGGAUACGGAGGCUUUGGCUCGGAUCCUGUUGGCUCCGGAGGUCCGAGACAAACAUGUCGUGGUGCUGUCGGUGGCUGGAGCAUUCAGAAAAGGGAAAAGCUUCCUGCUUGAUUUCAUGAUACGUUACAUGUACAGAAAGAAUAAUGAGAACUGGCUGGGUGAAGAUGAUGAGAUUCUCACUGGAUUUUCUUGGAGAGGAGGUUCAGAACCAGAGACGACAGGCAUCCAGAUGUGGAGUGAAGUUUUUCUUGUCAAAAAGAGCGACGAAACAGAGGUGGCCGUGGUGUUGAUGGACACUCAGGGAGCGUUUGAUGAUCAGUCCACCGUGAAGGACUGUGCCACCAUCUUUGCCCUCAGCACCAUGACCAGCUCAAUACAGAUCUACAACCUCUCGCAGAACAUUCAGGAGGACGAUCUCCAGCAGCUACAGCUGUUCACAGAGUACGGUCGUCUUGCCAUGGACGAGAUCUUUCAGAAGCCUUUUCAGUCUUUGAUGUUUCUAAUCAGGGACUGGAGCUUUCCCUACGAAUACACCUACGGGUUUAAAGGUGGCAAUGAGUUCCUGGAUAAACGGUUACAGGUUAAGGAGGCCCAACAUGAGGAGCUGCAGACGGUGAGGGAGCACAUCCAUUCAUGCUUCACCCAGAUUUCCUGCUUCUUGUUACCUCACCCUGGGUUGAAGGUUGCCACCAGCCCUGCUUUUCGGGGACAACUCCGUGAUGUGGCCCCAGAGUUCACAGAGCAGCUGCGGAAUCUGAUUCCCAAACUGUUGCACCCCGAUCGUCUGGCUGAGAAAGAAAUAAAUGGGAACAAAGUCACCUGCAGGGGCCUGCUUGAGUUCUUCAAGGCUUACAUCAAGAUUUAUCAGGGAGAAGACUUACCACAACCAAAGACAAUGCUCAUGGCUACAGCGGAGGCCAAUAACCUGGCAGCUGUGGCAACAGCCAAAGAUCAGUAUUACAAGAACAUGGAGAAGAUGUGCGGUGGAGACCUGCCCUACGUGUCUCCCGACUCUCUGGAGGAGAAGCAUCAGUUUUUCUUCCGGGAGUCUCUCCACGCCUUUUCAUCCACCAAGAAGAUGGGCGGACAAGAGUUUUGUGACCGUUACCAAACACAGCUGGAAAAGGAGCUGGAGGAGAUGUGGCAGGCUUUCAGCAAGCACAAUGAGUCAAAAAACCUCUUCAGUGCCUUCCGGACUCCAGCCGUGCUGUUCGUCCUGGUGUGUCUCCUCUACGUGCUGUCCGGUGUCUUGCUCUUCGUUGGCCUGUCGACCUUCGCCUUGGUGUGUGACUGCACUCUGGGCGUGGUCAUGAUGUCCAUGCUGACAUGGGCCUUCAUCCGCUACUCCGGUCGCUAUCGGACUGUGGGAGGAGCCAUCGACCAGGCGGCAGGUGUCGUCUUGGAGCAGGCCACUGUGGUGUUGAACAAGUCGAGAGGGACGAGCGCCGGGGACCAGAAGAAAUCCAGUUAGAAGACCUCUGAACCGUCUUUAUCUCGAUGCACACAGCACAAGCAUAAAGCACUAAAAGCCUUAUCACGCUACCCAUUGGAGCAAACUUGCAGAUCAACCACAUUGGCACAGGGUAACAAUAUUCACCAGCAACUCUAUUUAUGCACAUUAUUAUGACUCUAGGCUUAAAUGAAAGUGACCGAAUUCUCCGAGGCAGUUACUUAAACCAUCUCUGUCCCUCCUGUUGAUACUUAAAUUGACACUGCCAUCAAUGUACAAGUUUACAAUUGGUCUUAACAGACGAGUCAAUGUUUACUUUUAAAGAAACACAUUUAUUUUCUGUUUCUGCUGCAUCUUCUGUACACUGAUCAGAUGAGGGGGGAGUCUAAUUUCAGUGAUUACCUUUUAAAAAUGCUAGCUUUAAAGCCUCUCUACAUAUCUCUGUGCGGCUAUAUUUUUCUAUCUUAUUAGCCUUUAAACAUUCCAUUCAGUUCGUAGAUUUGCUUUAUAUUUGAUAUAAACUCGCAUUUCCAGGAGGGUGAACGUCACUACUUUGAGUGGAAGAAGACAAAUAAACGCACUUUGUACUUAUCUAUCGCUUUUAAAUGCUAAAACUCAUUUGUUUCAAGGGCUUUUCUGUUUAUUCCGACAUGGAAGUAUGUUACACUUUGUAGUUAUAACAGGAUGCAAGAAAAACUAUGUUAAUGGAACGUAUAUAGAAGCUUCAAGCUCCGAAGGAAAAUAGUUGAGGGAGUUGAACACUCAGUAUAAUCUACCAAAGAGUUUUGGCCAAAGAGCUUUAAAUACUGUAACAUUGUACUCCUAUCAGCCACAACAUGAAAACCACUGACACGUAUGCUGGGAAACCUUUGGUCCUGGCCUACCGAGGCGUAGACGUUGCAGACUACGUAACCCUACUCCAUAGCAGCGACAGUCGGUAGCAGCCGUCCUCCGUGGGAUAAUCCUGGCCCACACAAAUUCUGAGGAACAGCUCAAAAAACGUAGAAAAUCCAUAGAUCCUAAACUGGUGGAGUAUCUAGUUGUGGGUGCACUGGUACAAGCCUGUUCCACAGGACUCAAGGCUUCCACUAUCUAUGUCCUGGAGGCAGACUCAGAAGAUCUGUGUCCUGAUGAGCCCAAACUGAACGGACACCAACAAGGCAGAUGGUUUUAAUGUUGCGGCUGAUCGGUGUACAUUUACUCCUAUCACUUUAAAUAUCAGUGAAAAUAAGCUGACAUAGGUGAAACGAGACUUUUACUCCCUAAAAAAAAACAAUUAAAGAUCUCAGUCAUGGCAGUGAGACAUAAUGCUAUUACAUCCAUGCAUGGAACAAAUGACCAAACAGAUCAAAUACAGAAGAAACACCUGCACAGACUAUGAACAAACUUAGUUCAUCUUUGUCCUCAUGUCCUGGGCCCAUAGUGCUCAUAAGGUAACGCUGUUGGUUCACAUUUGAGUUCUGACUGCCGGUCAAACGGAUAUUUCUUUAAAAAGGUGAUCUUGACUAAACUGUGCGAGGAAAAUCUUAUAUUUGCAUAUUAUAAACUGUCUCUUUUUGAUAAUCAUCAUGUAUCUACAUGCAGCUUGAAACCAAUGCGCGCUUGGCUCAGAGUGCUUUAAAUGACUCGCAGUUAUGGUUGUAUAACCCCUAAUGAGACCCCAUUACAGAACAGCAACAAUAAUACAUUUGGGCUGACUUGAUUCAUAUGUCCUUAUUUACGUUCAGCAAUUUAACCAAUCAGGACGUAUUAGUAUAAGUCAUUAAUCAAACCGAGAAUUAAAAAGAAGGACUCCACAGUUGAUUUAUUGAGUUUUAGUUUUUCUUUGUGGAGCCACUUAGAAUAAAUGGUGGAUUUAAGGACUGUGAUUAUUUGCAAUUUUGUCCUACAUCCCAGAAUACGAUGAAAUGCAGAAUAAUUUUGUCGUAGCCAUGAAAGCCGUGUGUUUCUAUGGCCUGAGAGCAGACGUAGGAUCCUGGUUUCUGUAAUGAAGCAGCAUAGUGCACUUAUACAACUAAUCAUAUAAUUUCUUACACAGAUUGGCGAACCAAAGCACUGAAUUAAUAUGGCUUUAUUCUGACAAUGAUGUCAUUAUAUUGUACGUACAAGUCAUAAGAAUACAGGCUUAAAAGACAUGUGGAGGAUCCGUGAUUGCUGAUUUCUUUCCAAGAGUGAAGGAAAGACGUUAUACAAGCAGUCACUGUUGCACGCCCCCUCCUCUUUGGUGCUUAUUCUGCACAGCUCGUUCCAAAAGUUCAUAAAUGCAUGCAUUAUUGUAAUAACAGCUAAUGUAAUCAUCUCUUGCAGGGACAUGGUGGCCUUGACUUGAGAAAAUGCUGUUUUAUAAAGAAUAAACAGAGUUUGAAACAGUUAA